GAUGGGCGCAUGUGUUUCGCGCACAGAUAAUCUAGGGAUAUUUUCUUUGAGAAAUAACUAGUUUUUUUGGGUAUAUUUAGUGUUAUUUUACUAUUUCAAAACCAUAGAAAUGCAACAAUAACGUGAUUCUCAGAACUCUAUACUUCUACAAGAAUAGACACUGACAAGAUUGUGCCUUUGGAAUCUGUGUGAUCGAAAAUGAAUAAGAAAUUAUCUGUGAGUGAGUUGCUUGCCGCGUACAAGCGCUGGGUGAUUAGCAAUCCGAACUUAGUAACCGAUAUUGAAGUUGUAGCGACGUGUUCUUCUUACUUCGUAGCCGGGAAGAUCAACAAGUCUCCUAUCGUUUCCGAGCUGGUUUAUUCCGUAUCAAAGCUCUUGUCGAUGUUCAAUGACCGUCUGAUUCGAGAAGCUUACGACAAUGAAAUACCGUACUACGGGCUCCGUGAGCAAAUAAAGCUGUGCCUGACCAUCAUUCACUACAGUGAAGUGUUUGUGGAGCUGGUUGUAAAGCGGCAAUGGGGCAGUCGUGGAAAAUGGACCAUCGCUACACUAUUGCAGCUUUUUAAGUGCUCUUCAGCACUAAUCUUGCUGUACAGAUAUAAAGAGGUACCCAUAGCGCAUCCACCAAUAGCAGCAUUGCAAAGGAGGAAAUUUACAGAGGGUAAAGAUACUGACGAUAAUUCGAAUGCCUUUUUUACUCUACGAAGGUCGGGACGUGUAAUGCGUCGGGUAGAUGGCGCGCCACCAGUCGCUUUGCGGGACUGGCAGCCUGUAAGAGUCAAGGAUGAAUUUUCACCUCAUGUCGUAGUUAAAGACCUUCUGUAUGCUGAGACAAUUCAUAUACUGAAACCUCUUGCACACUUGGUGGCAAUGAGAGUGUUUGGUACAAAGGCUUGGAAGCAAUGGCUUGUUGCAUUAGGUCUUGAUGUGGCCAGCUUAAAACUGUUCAACCGCCAUAUGAAGAAACUGUCAUAUGAACAAAGGCUGGAGAUCAGUCGGAGGAAACUCGGCCUUGUAUUGUACUUGUUGAGGAGUCCAAUGUAUAAUGGUUAUUCUAAAAAUGUUAUUGAAAGCACAUUAAAUUCAACAGUAAAGAAAUUACCCAUGAUGUCAUUCCUAUGCAACCCGAUUAUUCACUAUUUAAGUCAUUUUCAGGACAUCUACUUUUAUAUGUGGGCAUCAUAAAUUUUGCAAGUUUCUAGUCUAGUGCAGGCUAACGCUUAUGCGUUAAGGAAUUUUUUUGUUUCUUUUAAUGAAUUAUAUUGGUGUCUGGUAUAAUAUUAAGUAAAUGUUUUUAUUAUUUUUAUGAAAAUUUUUUUUAAACAUUUUAUUUAAAUCUGUAAAUUGAUUUUCCAUUUAUAAGAAGUUAACUGUAGAAUGCUCAGAUUAAUUGAUAAAACAAUAUUAAUAGUUAACAUUUGUACUCCUAUUAUUCUCAACAUUCCAAUAUUCUAUAGUAGAAAACAUACUCAUAAGCAAUAUGUAUACUAAGCCAAACUCCGCAAUUGCGAACUAUGUAUUUCUAUGGAUUUGUAUAAUUGUCACAAUUUUUCCAGAUAGUGUGUACUUUCUUUAGUCCAAUUAAUGUUACAAGUAUAUUCGUGGUGUGAUCCAACAAUCACCCUAACGGCAGCUAAGAGUCUCUGAAGGUGAAUCAUGCAUUUUCAUUGCCACAAUACUACUUUAUAUAUAGUCUUUCAAACAGCAAGUCUAUGUCACUGAUGCCCUUCACGUGCUACAUGCAAUGUUAACUUUCACAUAUACUUGUGGGACGAUGUAGCAAAGCUGUUGCGAAUUUUUCAACACAAUUAUGUAAUGCCAAUAUUAUUACUUACUAUAUUUAAGAAAAGUGAUUCAUUAAAUUUACAUGUAGCGAGGUUUUAUGGGAUUAUUGUAUUUUUAAAACAUGAUUUACAGUAUUUGGUAUUGAUAAAAAACAUUCAAAUAACAACAUUGUACCAUAUUAAUUAU